AUGUUUAUAUCUAUCUGUCUAUCGGUCUAUCUAUCUCAUUCUAUUCAUAUCUAUCUAUCUAUCUAUCUAUCUAUCUCAUUCUAUUCUCAUAUUCUUCUUAUUAUUAUUAUUAAUAAUCUUGUCAGUCCCUCUUUCUGUUUUCUUUAUAUUUCUUCUUCUCUUUUCUUUUUGUUUUCCGUCUUUUUUCUUCUUUUUCUUCUCAUUUUGUUCAUUUUUCUUGUUUUUCUUCAAAGUCUUUAUCUUCUUGUCUUCUUUCUUUUUCUUCUUCCCCAUCUUCUUCUUUCUUUUCUUCUCCUUCGGGUUUUCUUUCUUUUUCUUCUUCCUUUUUUCUUUUCUUCCUUCUUCUUCUUCUUCUUCUUCUUCUUCUUCUUCUUCUUCUUCUUGUCUUCCUCCUUUUUCUUCUUCCCCAUCUUCUUCUUCCUUUUCUUCUUCUUCUUCGGGUUUUCUUUCUUUUUCUUCUUCUUCCUUUUUCUUUUUUCCUUCUUCUUCUUCUUUCUUCUUCCUUUUCUUCUUCCCCAUUUUCUUCUUUUCUUCUCCUUCAGGUUUUCUUUCUUUUCUUUUCUUCUUUUUUUCUUUUCUUCUUCUUCUUCUUCUUCUCUUCCUCCUUUUUCUUCUUACCCAUCUUCUUCCUUUUUCUUCUUCUUCUUUUUUUUUCUUUUCUUCUUUCCCUUCUUCAUCUUCUUUUCUUCUUUCUUCUUCUUCUUGUUUUUCUUUUUCCCCAUCUUCUUUUUCCUUUUCUUCUUCUUCUGGUUUUCUUUCUUUUUCUUUUUCUUCUUCCUUUUCUUUUCUUCCUUCUUCUUCUUGUUUUCCUUCUUCUUCUUGUUUUCCUUCUUUUUCUUCUUCCCCAUCUUCUUCUUCCUUUUUUCUUCUGGUUUUCUUUCUUUUUCUUCUUCUUCCUUUUUCUUUUCUUCCUUCUUCUUCUUCUUCUUGUCUUCCUCCUUUUUCUUCCUCCCCAUCUUCUUCUUCCUUUUCUUCUUCGGGUUUUCUUUCUUUUUCUUCUUCCUUUUUUUCAUCCUUCUUUUUCUUUUCUUCUUCUUCUUCUUCUUCUUCUUCUUCUUCUUCUUCUUCAUUGUCAUCUUUCUUUUUCUUCUCCUUUCUUUUCUUCUUGUCUUUCUUCUUCCUUUUCUUUUCCUUUCUGUUCAUAUCUAUCUAUCUAUCUAUCUAUCUAUCUAUCUAUCUAUCUAUCUAUCUAUCUAUCUCAUACUGUUCAUAUCUAUCUAUCUAUCCCAUCUAUCUAUCCCAGUCUGUUCAUAUCUAUCUAUCUAUCUAUCUAUCUAUCUAUCUAUCUAUCUAUCCCAGUCUGUUCAUAUCUAUCUAUCUAUCUAUCUAUCUAUCUAUCUAUCUAUCUAUCCCAAUCUGUUCAUAUCUAUCUAUCUAUCUAUCUAUCUAUCUAUCUCAUACUGUUCAUAUCUAUCUAUCUAUCUAUCUAUCUAUCUACAUUAUUCUCUUCAUAUCUAUCUAUCUAUCUAUCUAUCUAUCUAUCUCAGUUUAACGCAUGCUGCCGUCUGGGCAUCUUGUUGUUCGUACAUCACGCAAGCAAUUCCGACGAACUUGCGGUCAUCUGCCCAAGGUAUACUUCAAGGUCUGCACCAUGGUCUGGGACGUGGAUGCGGUGCAGUCUUCGGCGGAAUUAUGGUCAAUUAUAUCGGCAGUGAAGUGACUUUCCGCUCUUAUGGAGUCAUCUGCAUAUUUGUCCUCAUUGGCUUUUUCUGCAUCAAUCGCUUUUUGGUGGGAGCAGAAGUAGUUCUGCCGCCGACGUCCGAGUCUCACAAAAUCUUAGAAGAAGCCUCCCACCUCGACCCUCACGGUGUACCGGCCAACCCCAUAGCACGUGACCUUUCCAGUCACAUGAUCAAAGACAUGGCGGAACAGAAGGCCCAGCAGGGCAACGAUGAUUUAUCUAUCUAUCUAUCUAUCUAUCUAUCUAUCUAUCUAUCUAUCUUUUAA